AUGCCAAAAAUAGAAAAAGUGUUUAUUGAAGAAAGAAAAGUUGUCAAAGAUAAAGAUGGUAAUGAUGAAAAGGUUUUUUUUAUGGAAGAAAUUGAUGCCUUAGCACAGUGGAAUACUAGUCGAGUGAUAAAAAUACUUGCUAAUCCUAAUGAUUACUCUCUUGAAGAUAUUCUCAAAUUAGAUAAGAAAGAGUUUAAAGGAGUAUCUGAAGAGUUAAAAGAAAAGUUAGUUGAACUAGCAAAACAAAAAUAUGAAGAAAUAAGAUUACAAAAAGAAAGGGAGUUCAUGGAUGAAUUAAGAAGGAAGUUUAAUAUAGAUGAGGAAGGAAAAUCUAAUCCAAAAAAAAGAGGAGUUUCUCCCUUAGAAAAAGAUAGUGAUUCUCCAAGUGAAGAAGAAACACCUCUUCCUACUCCUCAGGAAUUACCAACACCAAAGGAUAAUAAUAAAGAUAAAAAUGUUUAUGAGUUUAAUGAAGAGCAAAAGGCCUUUUCUCUUUCUGAUUUGGAACAAUUAGAACAAUUUUUUAUUCAAAAUGAGAUAAAAAAUGUUAUUCUUGAUAGUAAUAAUAAACUAGUAGUUGAAUAUAAUAAUAAUAAAGCUGAAUUACAACAA